UAAUGGCAACACACACAAAAUUUACCCUUCUUUGUUUCUUUCUCUCUCUUCCUCACUCACCCAUUCUCCAUUUAAACGUUUACCUGCACAGCCAGAAGCUCAUUCAUUCACACUGCCCCACCUCCCUACGCACUGUACAAACACAAUCAUUGAACAGUGUCAGUGUUAAAAGGCACCGUUUCCUCUGUUUUUGGGAGAGAAAAAUAUAAACAGAGCAAAACAGGGGAAAGCAGAGCUGAAGGUGAAAGAUGGUGAAUGAGCAGAGAAUACAAGAGGAGGCAAAGGUGGCGGCGUUGGAGUGCAGCGGCACAAUGAGUGGACCCCUCGUCGGAGCUGCCGCCUCCGCCGGGACUCGCCGACGCCGGAGGGCGGAGGCUAUGCAAUUGGUUCUGAGGGCGUUAUGCAUGGCUUCCUCUGUUGUUGCGAUCUCACUCAUGGUCACUGCCAAGGAAUCCAGCUCUGUCUCCAUUUAUGGCUUUCUCUUACCUCUUCACUCCAAGUGGUCUUUCUCUGAGUCAUACGAAUAUCUUGUUGGGGUUUCUGCUGCUGUGGCAGCUCAUUCGUUGCUUCAACUACUCAUCGGCAUAUCGAGAUUUCUUAGGAUGUCUUCUAUGAUUCCUUCCAGAAAUCAUGCAUGGCUUAUUUUUGCUGGGGAUCAGGCAUUUGCUUAUGCAUUGAUGAGUGCUGGAUCUGCUGCAUCUGGGGUGACCAAUCUGAAUCGCACAGGAAUUAGACACACAGCUCUGCCUGAUUUUUGCAAGCCUUUGCACAAUUUUUGUGACCAUGUUGCCAUCUCAAUAGCCUUCACUUUCACUAGCUGUUUUUUGCUGGCUACAUCUGCUGUUCAGGAUGUAAUAUGGCUCUCCCAGCACUGAAAUGCCUCAUAUUACACGUAAAAUGUAACAAAACAUCUGAAACUAUAAUCUCCAUACAAUGAUCCCUAUCCUUUUAGACCUUGUAGUCAGUGUUCAUGUUUUCAGCUCUCUUACAUCUUGGUUGCAAGAUGUUACUUCUGAUACGUUAUGAUGGCAGCGUAAACUCUUGAUCGGUGACUUGUGGUGAAGGCUAGUGAUCUGUGAAUGAAUUAUAUGGCAAUACGAUUGCUAUAAGCAAUCUUAUACUUUUUAAGUUUUAACUAUGUUAUACUUUCUCAAGAAACUAUAAACUACAAAGUAUACUUUAGACCCAUCUAUUGCAAUUUGGAUAUUGUUAUUUAAACUUUUAAUAUUGAGGGGGAAAAGCCCGUGUGGUAGGCAUAGCCAUGAACAGUACUUUUACAUUCAAAAUCAAUUUCUCA